AUGAUUUUGCAUUUCCGGGGGAGGAGAACUGUAUGUAAACAAUACAGUUCUCCUCCCUGUCAGCUCGUGCAUGCUGCUUUGGAUGGCUGUGCACAGCACAGCCAUGCAAAGCAGUGUGAUUACAGUGAAGCACAGACACACAGGCACAAGUAAAACAGCACAGUUAACCCUCUGAUCGCCCCUCAUGUUAACCCCUUCCUGCCCAGUGCCCUUAGUACAGUGUCAGUGCUUUUGUUUAGCACAGAUCACUGUAUUGGUGUCACUGGGGAUGUCAGUGACACCAAGUCAGUUCCCUCAGUGUCAGAAUGCCCGCCACAGUCCCACUAUAA